UACCACACGGCCUCCCCACUUUUAAGGAAAUCUUAGUCUCACAGGAGAGACCGGAGAAAGGGAGGGUGCAGUGCAGAGACGCAUGGGCUGCUGGAGAGAGGAGAGAGUGCCCCAGCGGCGCUGGCGGGGGAGGCAGCCUUUCGUGAGGUGACCUACAGAGAGCAGGCAGAAGUCCACUACAAAAGCCAGGUGAGGGGCCGGAUGCACGGCCAGGAGCAGGAGCAGCCUGAGGCAGGGGGGCCACAGGGAGCGCAGGCAGCACCAGUGGCCGGCCCUCCAGCCAAGCUUAGCAGCAUCGCCACAGCAACCAGCGACCAGAGGGCAGCAGCCUAGGCAGACGCAAGCAGACGGCUUCCCACCGUGGUCGGCCAAGGACAGGGAAUGACUACAGCAAAUCAGGCCGCACUGCUGACAAGGGAGGUGGAGUGUCACUAGAGGAGAGGGUGCGGCCACCACCCUGCUCCACAGAGCGCCAUGCCGGCUGGAGAAGAGAUGCUGGGGCAGGGGCUGCAGGGUGGCAUGGCCUCGCCCCCCUGCAGGCACUGAGUGCUUUGAGGGCAGCUGGGUUCUUGUCUGCAGGGCGCACUGGCCUGUGUUUCAGUGUCCCCCGCUACGGCCGUCUAGCUCAGUGGCCAGGCAAAGCGGGUGAGAGGGAGAGGCGCCCCGUCCCGUGUUCCCGUCUGGGCCUGCCGCUGCCGGACCAUGGGAUGUCGGCAAAGCUCAGAGGAAAAAGAGGCGGCGCGGCGGUCCCGGAGAAUCGACCGCCACCUGCGCUCCGAGAGCCAGCGGCAACGCCGUGAGAUCAAGCUGCUCCUGCUGGGCACCAGCAACUCGGGCAAGAGCACCAUCGUCAAGCAGAUGAAGAUCAUCCACAGUGGCGGCUUCAACCUGGAGGCCUGCAAGGAGUACAAGCCCCUCAUCAUCUACAACGCCAUCGACUCGCUGACCCGCAUCAUCCGGGCCCUGGCCGCCCUCAAGAUUGACUUCCACAACCCCGACCGCGCCUACGACGCAGUGCAGCUCUUCGCGCUGACUGGCCCCGCUGAGAGUAAGGGCGAGAUCACUCCGGAGCUGCUGGGUGUCAUGCGGCGGCUGUGGGCUGACCCCGGGGCACAGGCCUGCUUUGGCCGCUCCAGUGAGUACCACCUGGAGGACAACGCGGCUUACUACCUGAAUGACCUGGAACGCAUUGCUGCACCUGACUACAUCCCCACUGUCGAGGACAUCCUGCGCUCCCGGGACAUGACCACGGGCAUCGUGGAGAACAAGUUCACCUUCAAGGAGCUCACCUUCAAGAUGGUGGACGUGGGUGGGCAGAGGUCAGAACGCAAAAAGUGGAUCCAUUGCUUUGAGGGUGUUACAGCCAUCAUCUUCUGCGUGGAGCUCAGUGGCUACGACCUGAAGCUCUAUGAGGAUAACCAGACGAGUCGAAUGGCAGAGAGCCUGCGCCUUUUUGAUUCCAUCUGCAACAACAACUGGUUCAUCAACACCUCGCUCAUCCUCUUCCUGAACAAGAAGGACCUGCUAGCGGAGAAGAUCCGGCGCAUCCCGCUCACCCUCUGCUUCCCCGAGUACAAGGGCCAGAACACGUACGAGGAGGCCGCCGUCUACAUCCAGAGGCAGUUUGAGGACCUGAACCGCAACAAGGAGACCAAGGAGAUCUACUCCCAUUUCACCUGCGCCACCGACACCAGUAACAUCCAGUUUGUCUUUGAUGCGGUGACAGAUGUCAUCAUACAGAACAAUCUCAAGUACAUUGGCCUUUGCUGAGGAGAGGGUCCCAACCCACUUGCCUGUGGUUAAACCUGCGGGGUGUCACACCCCAACUUGUGCUAGAGAGGCCCAACCCAGGGGCAGAAAAUGGGGGGUCUGAAGAAUGUCCCCCCACCCCUCAGCCUCUGCCUCCUUGGCCCCACGUUUCCGCAAACAAAUAUAUAUGGAUAAAUUGCUAGGUAGGUAGACACAUACACACACACGUACGUACACCUGGAGAUGGCAAAGUUCUCCAAAGCGUCGAGGUCUCUUGAAGACUUGAGAAGCUGUCACAAGUUCACUACAAGCCCAUCCUGCCCCUUCACUUUGCCUUCCUGAGUUGGCCCCACUGUGCAUGGGGGUCUGCAUUGGACACUGGGGAGAGGUGGCAGGGCUGGGGCCGGAUUGGGCCAGCUGCGCCCCUAUCGCCUGGAGGAGGGCCAGCUCACCGCCUGAGCUCCGGCCUGGGGACCUUGCCACUGACCAGGAGGGAGGACCAGAGCAGGGUCCGUGCACCUUCCCUGCUGGCCACACCCAUCACUGGCCUACACAUGGCUGCUCUGCACCACAUCCGUUCCAGACCCGGGACCUUAGGAGCCAGGUGAUAGCACUAACCAGACCUCCAGCCACUCAUAGCUCUUUUUAAAUAGCUUCAAAAUAUGCAGCAAAAAUCAACACAAUACAUGAGUGGCACCAUCUAUUUCAAACUAGGCCAGCUGGGAUUCCAGCUUUUCUUCUACUAGUCUGUUUUAUAAAUCAAAACCUGGUUUUUCUUCUCUGACAUCCUUUUUUUUGGCCAAAUCUCGUGGUGUUUCGCAGAAAAACAAAAAUACAGAAAAUUUCAAAGGCAAUUGAGUAUUCUUUUUUAAAUGCAAAUUUUCAAAACUUUUUUUUUUCAGGUGGUCCUUUUUGUGUCUGGCUUGCUGAGUGUAAAAGUUGUUAUCUGGACGAUUCUGUCUCUCUGCUCCAAAGACAUUCUAGGACGAAUGGCAGUCCUGCAGCAGCCUCGCAGGACAGGUGUACAUAAGCCUCUGCAGCGUCCUCUUGUUAUUGGUGCAGUUUUCCGCUUUGUUUUUAUUUAAGAAACUAAAUGUGAUGUAUUUAAAGAAGGUUCUUCACCUAGGAGCAAAUGAACAGUAGCUAAAUGUCUUGGUAUUUAAAGAGUAAAUUAUCUGUGGCUUUGCCAAGUGAAGGAAGGGGAGGCGAGAGAUGGCACCUGCUAGUCCCCGCACACCCCGUGCCUGAGAUGGGCUGGCAGCAGCUGUAACUCCUGUGAAGCCACAGCCAGCGUUGUGGCCUGAGGGAGGCCCUGCUGGGACUGUGCUCUGGGCCUUCCUGCCCCAAGGCCUGUGGACACCUGUGUGAAAGGAACUUCGCCGAGGGCUGCAUGUAAAUGCGAACGCCCGCUGCCAAGAGGGGAGGCCCCGCCAGAGCCCUUGCCAAAUCUCCUUCCUCUCACCCUUUGUUCGGUACCCGUGUCCAAGGUCAGUGUGCAGAAUCACAGCCAAGGACUUUAAGAGAUGUACAGGGGGCAAGAGAGGAGCUGGUGAUCAUAUGAAAGUCAAAGAUUGUCUACUUUAUGAAAAUAAAAUACCCUGAAUGGAGCCAA